AUGGAUGAGGUUAUAUUUUAUAUUUCGCAAAGUGGCGACCAAGUAGAGGGAACGAAAGACAAGUCUGGAUUGUCAGGAUUGUCUUCAUCGUCAUCGGCAAUACCAGAGUCAUUUGCAUAUAUUGGCUCAAUUCAUUCUUCAAAACAAUAUGAAGCAUUUAGGCACGCUUCGUCUCCACUCAAUGGUACAGCGAUAACUGGAAUUGGUGCGGGCGAACGUAUAUUUACAUGUGACUCUAAAAGAGCUUUGAUCAAUGUGUUCAUCUUUGGUAAAGAAAGUAUAGAUCAACGAUUACCAAUCCCUGAAGCAUUAACUACUUUACAUGUCAUACACCAUCCCAACUUUGUUAACGCAAGUGACAAGUCAAUCACUCAUAAAAAGCCUAAUUAUAGGGUACCCUGGCUACUAUGUGGAGGUUCGAAACUGGGGAAAUUGUACAUUUGGGAAUUUGCGUCGGGGGAUUUGUUAUGUGUUAAAGAAGCGCAUUAUCAAGGUAUAACUGUUAUACAAUCUAGUUCAUGUGGUACUUUUCUAAUUACUGGCGGCGAAGACGCACGAGUUCUCAUAUGGAAUUUGGCUGAUUUGGUAGCCGUAUAUGGCAACGUGCAGCACAAUUCUGGUGGUGGUGGCGGCAAUGAUGAUGAUAAUGGUAAUGGUGAUCUUUUUCAUCAUCGACUAGUCAAACCAUAUUGGAGUAUAUCUGAAAACACAUUAGCCAUUACCGAUAUAACUUUGAAUACAGCAGGUAAUUUAUCCGACUUGAAACUAUACACAAGCUCCAAGGACGCAACUGUUAGAAUCUACGAUAUUCUGACCAAACAGCAAUUGACAACUUUUGUAUUACCUGAUUCUGUUGAAUGUCUUGCCCGAGAUCCCGCAAACCGACAAUUAUACGUGGGAUUAUCUAAUGGUUGGAUAAAAAUAAUCCCAUUGUAUAAAUAUAACCAGCACACUCUGGUACUAGAAGCAGUAGGUGGUUUGGAUAAAAUUAUCACUAUUACUGAUGAUGGAGACAACAACAACAAUAACAAUAAUAAUAAUACUAAUAUGUUUUCCACUAUUGUCCAACAUGAAAAUCAUAAAGUUACCAAAUUGUUAGUUUCAAUGGAUGGAACGAGUCUUGUAUCAGGAGAUGCUUCAGGACAAGUUUACGUUUCUGAUAUAGUAACCAAACAAACAAUUAAGAGUUUUCCAAGUUUGAAAUUUCCUAUAGCAGGUUUAUUUUUAAAAGCGGCGCCAAUUGAUAUGCUUUAUAGUGAUGUUCGAGCAGAUAAGAAGCAUAGAAUGUUACCUCCUUUGAAAAGAGCCCUUGCAAACAAUGAUCCCAUGGAUCAUUAUCUAUCUAUGGAUAUACCUCAGGAAACCGAAACUGAGGUUGAUGUAGUAGACGACAAUAUUAGUUCAUGGUUGGAAAAGAAGAGAAAUGAAGAAUUGUUGUUUAAAAAUUUGUCCAAUGUAAAUUCAACCGUAAAAACUAUUGAUAUUCGUGAUAACUUGGACAAUACAGAAGCAAUUGGUAUUUUAAAACUGAAGUUGAAAAAGGUAUCUGAAGCUUAUACCGAUUUGAGAAAUAGACACGAGGAGUUGAUUAAGGAACAUGCAAAACUUCUUGAUAAAAAAAUGGAAACAUAA